AUGGAGAAUCGCGUGGGGCUACACCAAGAUGAUGACUGGACAUAUGAACUGAUUGUGCGUCAGCAACCUAUUCGAGCACGAAUGUGCGGAUUUGCGAAAACUUUGGAGCGUCGAUUAAUUGACCCUCCACCAAUAUUAGAACUCAUUCAGAGCAGAGGCGGUGUGCCGGUUGGUGUUGACUACGAAAAUGGCACUGCAUUCAUAUGCCAUGCGAGUCUUCGUGCCGAAGACGGUGAGACAGAUCGCUCCUUUGUCGUUCGGUCUCUCAACCCACCAGAAGACUAUCGAGCGGAUGCCCAGAAAAUGACCAGGCGUCCAUCGCUCGAUUACCCAGCAUACGCAUCAAACUCUCACCGGCCUGCUUACCGAUCACCACCCUCGACAACCGCCACGGCAUCACCACAGGAAACAUCGACACCUGAUGAGACAGUGUACAAGACAUUGGUUGGAGGGGUCGUCGUACCAUGCUCGUUCCUUCACGACCUUCAAGGCCGCCCAGGAAUGUACUUUGUAUUCCACGAUCUCAAUAUACGGACAAGAGGAAUAUACCGGUUACAUUUCGCAGUCAUGAGCCUGAAGGGAUACCUACCAAUGUCCCGUGCGAUGGCCACCGUUGUGAGCGAACCAUUCGAGGUUUUCACACCCGCUUUCUUUCCCGGUACAAUGGAGUCAACGGAGCUUUCGCGAGCGUUCGCUCGCCAAGGGGUCCCAAUACAUUUGCGGCAAGACUACUCGGCAAUACGACUCCAACCGUUUCACAAGCCAAAGCGAGCGGCCGCAGAGAAUAAUGGCGCGGAAGAGUAAUAUGGGCGCAAAAACAACCUUCUGGAAGGACUGUGAAGCAGUGUGCAAUCUUAUACCAACCUACCGCACGACUUUACAGCCAUUUCCAUGCGACCGCAAUAGACUUUGUAGAUAUUUUUGAAAUAUUUCUCGGUUGCGCUGGGGGAUAUGGCUUUUUUCUUUGUGUUUUCCUUGUAAAUGUUUAAUAGCAAUUGUAUUGAGUUUGUUGAAUUGAACCAGC